GAGGCAGAGAGGAACAGGGGCUGACAAGCAGCGGGCUUGUGGACGGAUAAUAAGGUAGACAGACCGAGAUAGUUACCCAGAGCACCAGAUGGAUGGGCAACAAGACAGGUCGACAAAUAGCAAGGCGGCCAGAAUGACAGAUUGGAAACACCUUAAACUGGGCUCUGCUAUAGCAAUGAAACAGAACUUCCAGGAAUGUAUUCAAUGUGUGUGUUCUCUCAGCGCGAGGACCGAAGGAAUUUGAAGAAGAAGAAAAAAUGUUGCCCGCCUUACUCGAUGUCUUCCUUUUUUCAUGAAUGUGAUUGGCAGACUACAUAGAGCGGAUGGGAGUGAGGGUUUGUAGUUGCUGUGGCAACGGCCUGCUCUUUGUUAAAGGCUACAUUCCCGGCAUCUUAUGUUUCUGCGCUGCGAUCGAUAGAAAGCCCAGCCUGCAGGAGGGACUGAUGAACGGACUGGGGCUUUUGCCAGGCCGGGCAGGACUGGCGAGAGAGAGAGAGAGAGAGGAAGGAGUUAGGUGGAAGAUGUGCAAACAGGAGGACGGAGAGAUAAAACAGCGAUAGGAAGAAAGACAGGAGAUAUGGAGAUGUGAGCUAUGCAGCUGCUGAGCCGGGUGGAGGGGGCUUGUUCGUGAUGGUGGUCUGUAUGGACAAGAAGCUGUGCCGCGACAGAGGGCAACGUGGGUAAAAGAGACAUGCGACACCCAGCCCUGAACCACUGCCACCUCUUCCUGGGCGGGGCCUUGCUGCUUCUCCUGGCCAGCCAGACCCUGAGCUGCCCCGCCCGCUGCGAGUGCUCCGCUCAGAGCAAGUCGGUCAGCUGCCACCGCAAGCGCCUGCCCACCAUCCCCGAAGGCAUCCCCAUUGAGACGCGCGUCCUGGACCUCAGCAAGAACAAGCUACGGAUCAUCACGCCGGACAACUUUUCCUCAUUCCUGCAGCUGGAGGACCUGGACCUCAGCGACAACCUCAUCAGCGUGGUGGAGCCCGGCUCAUUCCGCUCUCAGCUCGCUCUCCGCUCGCUCAACUUUCGCAGCAACCUGCUGCAGCUGGUUCCCGUCGGCGUGCUGUCGGGCCUGACCAACCUCACCCGCCUCGACCUCAGCCACAACCGACUGGUGGUUCUCCUGGAUCAUGCCUUCCAAGACCUGCGCAGGUUGACGUCCCUCGAGGUGGGCGACAACGAACUGGUUUUCGUCUCGCAGCGGGCCUUCACGGGAUUACUUGGACUCCAAAGUCUGACCCUGGAACGUUCCAAUCUGACCGUGGUUCCUACUGAUGCUCUGGCACACCUGCACAGCCUAGUCGAACUGCGAAUGCGCUACUUGAGCAUCAGUUUUCUAAAGCCUUUCUCCUUCAAGAGGUUAUCACGUCUACGCCGACUGGAGAUUGAUUACUGGCCCUGGCUGGACACGUUGCCUGCCCUCUCACUGCACGGCCUCAACCUCACGACGUUGAUCAUAACCAACACCAACCUGUCUGCCUUCCCUGGUGCGGCACUGCGUUACCUGCCCUACCUCACACAUCUCAACUUGUCCUACUGCCACAUCCAGCACAUCCAUCAGGGAGAGCUGGGCCAACUCCCACACCUGCUGGAGCUCCACCUGCAAGGGUCUCAUCUGAUUUCUAUUGAGCCCUUUGCAUUCGCGGGCCUCAAAUCUUUGCAGCUACUGGAUGUGUCACAGAACCGCCUGGACUCUCUGGAGAGUGGAGUGUUUGCCUCGCCAGACGUCCUCCAGAGGCUCUGUCUGGGUGGAAACCCAUUAGUGUGCGACUGCAGAUUGCUUUGGCUGAUCAAUAGCCAUAAGCCCCCCUUUCUGCAGAUUCUGGAUGUGCAGCCAGAGUGCAGCGCCCCAGAGCACCUCCUGGGGAAACCACUCCGUGACCUCAAGGAGCCCCUGGUCUCCAGAUACAUGACCUGCACCAAACCCCGGAUUGGACCUAACACGACCCAGUUGCUGAUGGCUGAUGAGGGUCAGCCUGCCCGCCUGAACUGCACGGCGGAGGGAGCACCUCGGCCCUCAGUGGUGUGGAUUACGCCUCACAGACGCUCCAUCACAACCAAGAGCAGUGGCAGGGUGGAAGUCCAGCCGGAUGGUACCCUGGAGAUCAAGGAAGCGGAGCUGCAUGACAGCGGUGUGUACUUGUGCAUUGCCAGUAACCCGGCUGGAAACGCCAGCCUGUCGGCCUCUUUAGCUGUGAAAAGCCUGGGCAUCGGGGACAGAUCUCACUUUAGCAACAGGAGCUCAAACUAUCAAACAGACUCUAACAGCACGUGGGGUAAUGGGACAGUACUGUACAACAUGACAGUCCCCAUAGACCUUAAGACCAUCAUUAUAUCUACGGCAAUGGGCUGCCUGUCCUUCCUAGGUGUGGUCAUCUUCUGCUUCCUGCUUCUGUUCAUCUGGAGCCGAGGGAAAGGGCGCCAUAAGAGCAACUUUGAUAUCGAGUACGUCCCACGCAAAUCCAACGGGGCGGCGGCAGACGUGACAGAAACAAGUGGCCCGAGACGAGUCAACAUGAAAAUGAUUUGAAAAAAGGGACGCAGACUUGAAUAUGUGCACAACACAUCAGCUUAAAAAAAACUAAACAAAAAAAACCGUUUUUUUUCUAUGACUCAGUGGAUUUGUGAAAAAAACGAAAGUGACGUGCUAUUUAUAGUGGGUGUCAAUAUGACGGUGAUCUAGUGAUAAAGUGGGCAUGUGGAUAUAAAAGUGAUCUAUGAAACGUGUUUAUAUGAAAUACAGUACAUUGAAUAUAUUACUAUAAUCAACAUAUCAAUAUGGGAGUGAUAUAGUGCUGCACUAGGCAUGUCUUUCAGUGGUGAUGUGAUGAGUAAUGAUGUUGUCGACCCUCCGUGACAUCAGGGUGCAGGAGGGAGCCGUUGGGAGUGACGGGACAUCUGCGCAUGGCUGGAGAGCCAUCAUCGCUGCGACAUGUCAGGACUAAAUGGUCUCAAACCCAUCUUAUAGCUGCAGAACGGAAGGAGCGUGUGUUGUGUUCAUGUGCGCGCGUGCGCGCGUGCGUGUCUUUGUGAGUGCAUCGGUGUGCGCGUGUUCGCAUCUGCGCGUGCGUUUCUUUGUGCAUGUGCACGCAUUGCCUUUCUCGUCGGACGGAACAGUCGAGGCGAACGAUUGGGUCCAAAGCAUUUUUCCAGGCCUUUGUUUGUGUUCGGUCGUCGUAAACAACAGUAUUGACGCUGUUGACUAAAGCAGACAUUUGUCUAUGUUUUGUAUGCAAAAAUCACAAUGAUUAUAUUCAAGAGAAAAUGCUGCGUACAUUUAGAAAAAAAUUAUAAUGUCAUUGCCCCUCCCUUGGAAUGACUCAAUCAUUAAAUUGGUAUUUUUCCAAACUCAAGGAACACACAGUAGUUGAAAUGUGAAGUCUGAGCUUUCUUUCUUUUUUACCGGAUAGCUCCCUCACUCUUUUCCUGAGAGAUAGCAGUGGUCAGAGUUGUUAUUACUCUGGAAAAGCUUCCAGCCACAGAAAUGGCAUGUUGAACCCAUUUUAUAACAUUAUAAAUCAUCGGCAGAUUUUCCUGCCAAACAAAUCCCUCGAUAUGAUAUAAAAGAGUCGGUGGCGAGACAGAAUGGCAAAGAUUUAAUGGCCGGUGCCCUCUUUGGGACAAAGACAAAGUUGAGCUCCACAGAUUUAUGGGUUGCAUUUCCCCCCCUGUCACAUUUCUUUCUUUGAUCGCACCUCUUCAAGCUAGCGUGUCCAUAUUCUUCCCUAGGGCGCCACGGGUAUUUGGGGUAUUUAAUAGAUGGCAAUUUGAAAGUUGUAGUUGAAAUCUUGUAUUGUUUAGUUUUUUUGUUGAAAAUGUUUUAAAUGUUAAGGAAAAAAAAAAAGAAGAAAAAACAGUAAAACCAAUUAAGGGCAAUUGUUUGUAAUGCAGGGAGGUGGGUGUUAAGUUGUGUGAUCCUGUUGUGAUGAGAUGUUUCAAGGUUGUAUAAUUGUUUUCAUAUGACAAAUUGAUGGGUAUAUUUUCAAAAGGAAAUAAAUCUUAAUCAUAACCCGAUAAAUGGA